CCCCCCCACCCCACCCCAAAACGUCGUCGUCUUGACCCCCAACAUAAUGCUUGGUCAUAUCAUGACACAACUGAACUGAUCUCCAUCACUUUAGUCAUUUUUGUUACUCUCACACUAACCCAAGAAAUGCUUCUUUCUCUUGUUCAAACCACCACCACAUCCUCACCUUUCCAAUCCACCUCCUCAUCAACCUUCAAGACUCUUAGCCCCACUACUACUUCUAACCUCCCCAAAACUCUCUUUCUUGGUUUUCCAAUCCAACCCACCACAAAUGCCCUCCAAAGUUUCCUCCUUUUCACCAAAAUCUCACACUUCGGUAAACCCAGAUCACUUUCCAUCAAUGCUUCUCUGAUUGAAGCACCAGUCUUAUGGGCUGGUAGGCUUUGCAUCUUCUAUGCUCUCUUGAAGAUUGGUUUAGCUGGAUCUCAAGCUAACCCACUUGUCUCAGAUUUGUGUGAGAGUGAAGGUGGUGGUGUUGGUGUUGAGACUGAUGAUUUGGGGUUUUCUAAGUGGUUGAACAGCAUACAGGGAAAACCAGUGAAAGACGCAGCUGAUAGAAGGAAAUUAGUCAGCAAAUGGCAUCCUACCACAAAGGGUACACUCAGAAGGAAUUACAGGGUACCAUCUAAAUCUGAAGGGCGGCGUGUUCUUAAAGCCAUUGCGUCUUUAUUGUCGGAUGAUGACCACUUUAUAGAUGCCUCCUCCCACAAGGGUUGUCAGAUUAGAAGGGAGACUGCACAUGGAGAAAGUGUGUGUUGCAACAAUGUGAGGGCUCUGUUUGAUGAGCUCCCAACCCCGCACCUAGUUGUGGAAAUCACUCCUUUUCCUGCUGGUUCUCUUACAGAAAAGGAUUACACCAAAGCCGAGAAAUUAGAGAAGGUGCUCAGAUCUGGUCCUUCCAUUUGAGUCAUGGACUUUUCAUGAUUUCACUCGUUUUGUAUUCACUUCGGCUUUGUACAUAGCACAAUAUCAAAUGAAGUUUGGCGUCUACCCUUUGUUCUCAGCAUUUUAGAUAACAUUCACUCAAAAAGACGAGUAGGAAAAUGAUGUGAUCUUGACAAGUUUAUUUUGCUUUCAAUCUUAGUCAUUAAUGUACUCGGCCAAGAACCACAAAUAUAGUCACCAAUGCACCAACCAUAUAAUCAGGGUGUGGUUCUGCAAAAAGAGAUGAUGCGGUUAUGAUUACCUCUUGAUCAGCCUGUUCCUGUAUGCUCACUUGCUCAGUAUCUGCUCGCUGACACACAGGACUACUGUUGUGGCCGUUGGCAAGCAGAUAGAAAUCUCCUUUUUGUUCAGCAGUUGUACACUAACUCCGAAGCAGUCACACAAGACU